UGGCGUCUGCGCGCGGAGGAGGUGGAGGAGGCGCCCGGCGGCCGCUUCCCGCCCCCGAGCCUGAGCCGGUGCCGAACGGAGUAGAGCCGAGGUCGGACCCGGAGAGGAGCCGGCUGAGCGGGCGCCGACUCCCCGCCAUGGCCCGGAACACGCUGUCCUCGCGCUUCCGUCGGGUGGACAUCGACGAGUUUGACGAGAACAAAUUCGUGGACGAGCAGGAGGAGGCGGCGGCGGCGGCGGCCGAGCCAGGCCCGGACCCUAGCGAGGUGGACGGCCUUCUGCGGCAAGGGGACAUGCUUCGGGCAUUCCAUGCAGCCUUGCGGAACUCUCCCGUCAACACCAAGAAUCAGGCCGUGAAGGAACGAGCCCAGGGCGUGGUGCUGAAAGUGCUUACAAAUUUUAAGAGCAGUGAAAUUGAGCAGGCUGUGCAGUCACUGGACAGAAAUGGCAUUGACUUGCUAAUGAAGUACAUUUAUAAAGGGUUUGAGAAGCCCACAGAAAACAGCAGUGCGGUGUUACUCCAAUGGCAUGAAAAGGCAUUAGCAGUAGGAGGACUAGGCUCCAUUAUAAGAGUUCUUACAGCAAGAAAGACUGUUUAAAAAAAAAAAAAAGGACUCAUGUUACCUUGAGAAGAA